AGCGACGGUUGUUCAUUUGCAUUUCUGCUGCCACCUAAAAAAAAAAACAACUCCAGGAGGCUGAAAGCUUCAUUCUUAAGUGAUGUGGAGGUAAGAUUAAAAAAAAACAACAACAACAUAUCAAACUGUUUACUGUGACACGACGAGCGAGGUAAAGUCACACGCGGGCACGACUAGCACAGAUGUGCAUCUGCCGCGAACGCGCAGCUGACAGCAACAGGCGGCAAAGCGCGCUGGGAAGUGAGCCUGUGCUGAAAAUGAACACUAAAAAUAUCACACACACACACACGCACGCACACACACACUGUGGGUAGAAGUUGUUGCUUCGUCAGAUUGGACAGCACCGCGCACAGGCCAGGCGCAGUGGAUACCUUUACGCGCGGCGGCAGCUGUGUGUAUGGUUGGAGAAGAGCUUGAUGCGAGCGGAAAGAGGGCGGUCAAAGUGUGACGGUUAACAGUGUGACUUGCUCUGGCCGCGGUUUCACUCUCAACCCUGCGCCCACUGCGUCUCGCACUUGUAAUUGAUUCCGUCCAGGGCACGGGACACGCAUGCUUGAAAAGAACUCCGCGCACUUGAUGCCCGCUUUGGUGAUGCCAUGCCCCGGAACCACAGCGGAGACGAAGGCGGCGGCACCGGGCUCUGGAUGAGGACGUCGCCGGGGCACCGUAACGAAGGCUACGGCUUUAAAGAUGUGGAGUCCGGACGAAGGAUGAUGAACAACGCAGGAGACGGUUUGCUGUCAGCGUCCGCCGCGGCAGGUGCUGCCGGGUCCGAGAGCCUGAGGGUGAAGCAGGGAGCCCGGCUCAGCCUGCUCGGGAAGCCGCUCAUAUACAGCGCGCAGAGCGGCCGGAGAAACGUGCGCUACCGGCGGCUCCAAAACUACCUGUACAACGUGCUGGAGAGACCGAGGACCUGGGCGUUCAUCUACCAUGCGUUUGUGUUCAUCUUGGUCUUCAGCUGCCUGGUCCUCUCUGUGUUCUCAACCAUCCCCGCUCAUCAGGACUUCUCCUCCUACUGUCUCCUCAUCCUGGAGUUUGUGAUGAUUGUGGUGUUUGGAUUGGAGUACAUCGUCCGUAUCUGGUCGGCAGGAUGCUGCUGUCGCUACAGAGGGUGGCAGGGACGACUCCGCUUUGCCAGGAAGCCUUUCUGCGUCAUAGACAUCAUAGUGCUGAUAGCGUCGGUGGCGGUGGUGUCGGCCGGUAGCCAGGGCAACAUCUUUGCCACCUCAGUCCUGCGGAGCCUGCGUUUCCUGCAGAUCCUACGCAUGGUGCGGAUGGACCGAAGAGGAGGCACCUGGAAGCUUCUGGGCUCUGUGGUCUAUGCACACAGCAAGGAGCUGGUAACCGCCUGGUACAUCGGCUUCUUGGUUCUCAUCUUCUCUUCAUUCCUCGUCUACCUUGUGGAGAACAAGUUCAACAAGGAGUUUGCUACCUACGCUGAUGCUUUGUGGUGGGGCACGAUCACCCUGACAACCAUUGGCUAUGGGGACAAGACACCAAAGACGUGGACAGGACGCAUGCUGUCUGCAGGGUUUGCCCUCCUGGGCAUCUCGUUCUUUGCCUUGCCAGCAGGUAUUCUGGGCUCAGGCUUUGCCCUAAAGGUCCAGGAGCAGCACAGACAGAAGCACUUUGAGAAAAGGAGAAACCCGGCCGCAUACCUCAUCCAGUGUGUUUGGCGUAGUUAUGCGGCUGAUGAGAACUCGGUUUCCAUUGCUACCUGGAAGCCUCACUUGAAGGCGUUGCAUACCUGCAGCCCUACAAAGAAGGAGCAGGGAGAGUCGACCACAAGUAAAAUUCAUAGUAAUAAACAGAAGCUACUGAGGAGGCGUUCCACUCGGAAACAUAGUCAGAAAUUGAGCUUCAAGGAGCGGGUGAGGCUGGCGAGCCCCCGAGGUCAGAGCAUCAAGAACAGGCAGACGUCGUCAAUGAACGAUCGGCGGUCUCCGGUGGCCGAGGCCGGGACAGAGGGUACCAGCCCUGCCAAGGUACAGAAGAGCUGGAGCUUCAACGACCGCACGCGCUUCAGACCUUCACUCCGCCUUAAGAGCCAGUCGCGCUCCACCACUGACGACUCCAACAUGGCAGCGGAGGAUGGCUUUGAUGACAAGGGCUGUCACUGCGAGAUUUCGGUGGAGGACUUGCUGCCCUCAGUCAAGUCUGUCAUUAGAGCUGUCAGGAUAAUGAAGUUCCAUGUAGCCAAGAAGAAGUUUAAGGAGACGUUGCGUCCUUAUGAUGUCAAGGAUGUGAUUGAACAGUACUCUGCCGGUCACUUGGACAUGCUGUGUCGCAUCAAGAGCCUGCAGACCAGAGUGGACCAGAUCCUCGGUAAAGGCCAGAUCCCUCUGGAUAAGAAGAUACGAGAGAAGUUGCUGUCUGAUGGAGAUAUUUUAGAGGACAUGAGCAUGCUGGGUCGCGUCUGUAAGGUGGAGCGGCAGGUCCAGUCGAUUGAGUCAAAGCUCGACUCCCUGCUCGACAUUUAUCGUCAGGUUUUGCGCAAAGGCUCGUCUUCAGCACUCACGCUCUCCUCUCUGCCCCUGUUCGAGCUGGAGCAGACCUCAGACUACCACUCCUCUGUCUUCAGCAAGGACCUGUCCUGCUCCACCCAGGUCAGCAGCGGAGCUCCUCCCCCUGGCGGUUGCGUCACACACUCCUCCACCAACUCCCACCUCUCCCAGGGAGGACUCCACCUCAUCCUGGCGCCACCCAACGAGCUCAACCUCAAUCUCAAUGCCUCCUCUUCCACACCACCCUCCGGACUCGCAUCCUCCUCUUUCAGCCCGUCGCCGCUGCCUCAUCACCAUCAUCACCACCACCACCACCAUCAUCAUCCUCAUAAUCCCCACCGUCAUCAGACCCAAGCUCAGGCCACCACACCUGAAAGUGGCACUGAUGAGGCUGUGGGGAGCUCUCCACCCAUCCUCACCCCGAAUAGUGUCAGCAGUGGCGGGGGCAGAGGAGUCAGAGAUGGUGGGUUUCCUCUCCUGGCGAGGCUUCCACCGCCACCUCCUCCCAGCCGAAGUGGGGGCCCGAGCAACUUGCCACGAGCGACCUCCACAGAAGCGUCCCCCGACAUGGAGGACUUUUGUGGGAGUUUAGGGAUGCAGAUGGAGGACAGCAGUGUUGGGGAGGACCUUGGUCUUGGGUUGGGACUGGGCAGACUGGGACAGCAGCUACAGGGCAGCACCAACAGCAAUGGCAGGCUAAACACAAAGGAGGAGGGCUCCUGGAGGAGACAUAUGAGCCUGGAGCUGCAGCCCUUGGUGCCACCAGCGCUGGGCUGCUGCUCUGGCCCCAACCAGAUGGACCGAGGCUUGGGCAAGUCCAUGUCAGUGCAGGACCUGAUGCAGGCAGCACCGGGACCUGUCCAGGACGCCCACCACAGCCACAGCCUCUCAUCUCCAAGCCCCAGUACAAGCAGUGACUCCCCCAUUGGCUUCCACAGCUGUAGUCAAGACCCUGGGGGAGGAGGUGGUAUGGGAAGGAGUGGUGGAGGUGGAUGGGGUGAGGAAGACCUCUUUAUCAGCGACAGGGAGAUAGAGACGCAAGGACUUGGCUUCCUGUCAAUGGGGACUGCUGAGUGCCACACCUACUCCUCGGAGCUCCUGAGUACAGGGAGCAGAGCAAGGGCAGGGUCCCAGGGCUCUAACCGUAGCCUGGCCCACGGUCAGGCAUCCUCGCCCUCUGCUGGCAGCACCGAAUUGCUGAACAUGCCACACGUACGGCUAAAAUAAACUUGCCUACAUGUUCAGAAGGCACACAAAUCUCACCUCACAGAGACGGUUUUUAUCCUUUUUGGAGGGGAGUGGGAGGGUGGGAAUAUAACAAGGGGUCUUUUUUGUUUAUUUUCAUGUUGAUCCAUUUGAUAAGAAACACAGUAUUUUCAUACAGGCUGAUCACAUACAGCAUAUCAUUGCAUGAGUCUUUGUUUUAAAGUAUGAUUAGCAAAAGAUUAAGGCUUGUAUAAUGGGAACAGACCCCUAAAACCUGAGACUUUGCUAUGAAACAAAGCCAACUAAACAUGGUCCUGAAAGCCGGCUGGUUGAUAUGUGACUUUGAGACAGAGCAUGAGCACUGCAUGUUUUCAGUCAAAGGUACUGAGAUUAGUAAGAUACCGUUUACACUUGACAAAGUAGGAAGGCAUGGACACCUAACAUUUAUGAAAAAUCCUUUUGAGAAUACCACUCAACUGUUGUAGGUAAUGGAAAAAAUGGGGCUUAAUACUUCUAGAGUUUUAACUGGUUAUGUAACAGUCUCAACUGAACAGAUGCCUGUAUAAACAAACCAUCAGCUAGAAGAUUGGCUAUUUCUAUGUAGUUAUUCUUAAUACCUCCCCCUGGGUCAGAUUCCCCUUGAAAUCAAUGAAAUGAGGCAGUAGAAACACUACUGUUUCUGUCCACAGGGGCCGCCAGAAUCAACACAAAGUGAAAGUUCCUUGUCGGGACAUUUCACGCGCCCACACAUCUGUUUCCUGUCUCUCCAGUCAUGUGACAGGCUUCCAUGCUGAAGUGAAUGUUACCUCACCAUUGCCAAACUGUUCAUGCUCUGUUCUUCUUCUGUUUUAUUUCCAUACUAUUGUGUCCAUUUUAGAGAACCAAAUAACCUCCUUAAGUUUAUAUCCUUUAAAUUAUUAUAAUAAUGAAUUACUAACCUCGACCGAUGACUUUGGUUUCCCACAAUCUUUUCAAAUAUACCACACACAAGGACCAUGACAGUGUAUAUGCAAGAUUUAGCCCCUGAACUACAGGUCUUACAUAUUUAACAUUUUUAUUAUUUCUGAUUGAGGGAAAUACAGUUUUGGGCUUUUUGUAAUGAAUUCUUUCUAGUUUCAGGCAUCCAUUGCAUUGCAAUAAUUUCCAUACAGUGAAUCAAUUAGUGGACUCCUGAAACAUGCUUGAGUUAUAUACUCCUUCACAGUGAAUAUCAGUUCAUUUUUGUUGUUGUUACAUGAUCAUUGUGCGGUUAUGCAGUCUAAGUGCAGAUAGUUUGAAGAAGUCUGCAUUGCAUUACCUCCUACAAUAACUGUAUCAGAAAUUACUUGAAACAAGCAAGUUUGAAGUCAGCAAGUUUUCAUAUCAUACUGCCAGCAACUUGAGACAAAAUACGUCAGAAUUUCUGAGCCACAGCAUGUAAUGUCCAAGUGAUUUGUAGUGAAUAGGCUGAAUCAUGUAAAAUUAGAGGACUGCUCCUUUUCAGCUUGUGUUAUCUUGGAACUCUUUGACAACUGUAACCAUAAUCUCUUACUGAGGAGUGCAGUGGGAAAAGCCAGACAGAGAAGAUAAAAGUCAGUGUUCCUGUAACUAAUAUAUGAACACUUAUUGAUGUCUCUUCUGCCAGCUGUCAGCUGUAGUACGAGUUGCACCAAGUUCAAAGCACAUACACGACUAUACACACCUGUUUAGGCACAUGUACAGAUAAGGAGAGGAACAAGGAGCGGUUAUUGCUUAUUUUCAGAUCAAUUAUGCACCUCCAUGACAGCCAUGGAUUGAAACACAUCUUGAAUGUCAUUUCUUGGUUAGAAAAACAGUUUGAUAUUUUGUCAGAAUAUGUGUGUCUUAGCGAAGCACUUUGUUUUGGUUCGGAAACAGAUACACUGAAAGACUUGUUCAGAAAUCUAACUUUGUAUUGCAUUUGGCUUUUGCCACCCUGUUUCUACAUGAAAGGAAGAUAUCUUAUUUGAAUUAAGGUCAGUGUUUGCUUUUUUUCCAUACAGUGUAAUGUGGGAUUAGUUUUUCUUCUUUGAAGUGGACUCGCUGCAGAAUGUACUCCUGUACAUGGUACAGAAUCAGGUGCAUCAGGCAAGGUUAAGUGGCUCUCUCUAAGUUGUAGGAUAAAUAAAUACUACUCAUAAAGCAUCCAAAGCCUCAGUGGUGAAUAAUCACCCUUAGCUAGCAGUACCUCAAUGAAUGCUAAAGAGCCACUUGAAAGACCAGAAUAUACGUGACGGAGUCUUGGGGUCAGUUUGUUUUCAAGAAGUGGAUCUUACUUUCCUUCAGAUAUUUAAAUAUAUUUUGCAUGAAAAGGUUGUCAUAUCCAAACCUAUCUAUAACUGAGAAUGAAUGCCAUGUGACAAGUCAUUAAGACAAAUCACUAUUUAUGGUUCGAACUGAUUGCAUCGGAAGUAAAAAAGAAAAAAAAAAAGACCUCAGCUCUGAUAUGAAGUCUACAAAAUGUGCAGUACAUACAGUAUAUUGGUGCCUUGCUUUUGUGGUACAUAUUCAUCUCCAUAUCUAGAAUUUCCUGAAAAGUGCAUUAGGUUCUUCAUUUCUCUCCUUGUAAAUGUUACGACUUGAGGCAUUUUUCUUUUAAAUUCAGAGAUCAUUUUGCUACUGGGCAUAAAACGGGCCUUUAACAUGUUAACAUUCUGUCUCGUUUCUUUUAAUUUAUUUAAAUUAUGUGCACAUAUUUACACACUAGUUAUAAUCUCAGUUAGAUUUAUGAAGCCUGUAAUGUAAUGAAAAUGCAAGUGAACUUUUAUUCUCAUCCAUCAAUAAAGGAAAUUCUAUGAAGA